UGAGCCCUGGAAGAAAAUAACAGGCCCAGUGAUCAGUGGAGAAAGGGAUGGGAAAGAGAUACACGGGGCCAGUCAUGCAGGCAACCAAGGAUGAUCCGAACUCUCCAGUGGAGUGUGGAGAGGAAGAUGGGCUCCCUUUCCACCGAGCCUCUGUGCUCUAGGUCAGAAUGCUGCUGCUGCAUUAGGCAAGGGUUCCAAACAGCAGCGCUGCGGCAAAGAGACAAGGAUGGGAACAGAUGUGACCUUACAAGUCUCUCCCUAGGUUCUUCAACCGGCAGCUUAGAGGCCAACACAACCAGACAGUACAAGAAGCAAAAAAGUCCUUUGGAAACCAUCCUAGAGUUCUGAAGUCACACUUGCUGCCUCCUCCAGCUCCAGCCUGUCCUCCAUAUCCGGCUCCCACUGACCUUCUCCUACUUUCUCUGGCAGGGACUGAUGCCCUUGGCCAUGAUGCACCCCCAACUGCUAUCUGCUCAGGCGCAGCCUGCGUGACUGAGCCACCGCUGCUCCAGCUGUUUCACAGUUUGAUGGGGCGUCGGGCGGAUGACAGCGGGAACAGUUGUGAUCACUGGCGGAAUCCUAGCUACGGUGAUCCUCCUCUGCAUCAUCGCUGUCCUGUGCUACUGUAGGCUCCAGUACUACUGCUGCAAGAAGAGCACUGAGGAUGCAGAUGAGGAGGAGGAGGAGGAAGAGGAGGAGCACGACCUUUCAGUCCAUCCCAGAGGCCCCACCUGCAAUGCCUGCACUUCGCAAGCCCUGGACGGCAGAGGUAGCCUGGCGCCUCUCACCAGCGAGCCCUGUAGCCAGCCAUGCGGGGUGGCAGGGAGCCACUGCACCACCUGUUCUCCAUAUCGCUCCCCUUUUUACAUACGGACAGCUGACAUGGUGCCCAAUGGGGGUGGAGGUGAGAGGCUCUCCUUUGCUCCCACAUACUACAAAGAGGGGGGACCACCCUCCCUCAAAUUGGCAGUGCCCCAGAGUUACCCGGUGACUUGGCCAGGCUCUGGGCGUGAGGCCUUCACCAAUCCAAGGGCUAUUAGUACAGACGUGUAACCACUGCACCCCCCGACCUGCACACACACCGACACUGCUGCCCCAGCAGGAGCCAUGGGGACAGUGGAUGACCCUCCAACAGCCCCACAAGGACUAACUCAGUUUCUUUGGUUUUUCUUGCUCCAUAGCAGAGGGUUCACCAAGAUUUGAGCUGUUGAAUGCAUGGAGAACCAGGGUCGGGGCUGGCUCCAACCCAGAGCCCAUAGGUGGAGGCUGAUUUAUUGACUGAUUUUGCAACUGCACCAGUUUCUCUGUUGGGACUUUCCUCCAACAGCCCUAGUGCCACCACAACCCCUUCCAGGAAGCCCCAAACCCUGACUUUGCAGGGCUAUGAAAAGAAGCACCAGGGAAAGCUAAGCAAAGGCUCCGGAGAGGGAGAUGAAGUGGCCGUGCCUAGAAGAAAAGGGGACAAAGGGCUCAGAGAAAAGUGAGGGCUACAUAUUUUAGAAUUUGAGAUGAGAGGCCAAGGUAUGUAAAAAGUACUUCCAUGGGACUUGCUUGCUAAAACAUGUCCAAGACCUAAUUUACAAUUUAGCUUUUUACUUUGGUUAUCAGUAUUAUCACUGUGGCUGCACCAACAGGGGUAUUGAUUACUGAACACAGCCUAUUUGCAUCUGCUCCCUUGUCAUGAACAUACCAAGUUGACUUUAGAAAGGCCAUGGUGCAUGGUUGUCAGGGGGACUGCAUCAAAAAUCAUCUUGUCUCCUCCAAAUCCUUUUCUUCCCUGACUUAGGAAUCAGCUGUCCCCUGCUAGAGAAGCUUUUUAAAGUUUUGUUAUUAGAGUUCCGGAAGCAUAGCUAAGGAGGUCUUGCUGAUUGUCUCGGGCCCUGGUCCAUUAUGAUUAGUGCAUUCCCAUUCCCAGGCAUGUGUACAUACACAUAAAUCAAUCACCAGGCUUUGCCAUUUUCAGGAGCUGCAGAGAGUGGAAGGGUCCAGGGGUAACAACUAGAAAGAAAAAUCUGACCUCCAAGCAGUAAGAACAAAAGGUGGUUAAGGUGGUAAAUCACCAUGACAACCAGCCAGCUGGUACAGGAAGAGCCUGGCAUCUCCAUGGGCAAUACUGCAGUGGUUGAAGCUGCCCAAAUAAGCUCCUGUAGAGACUGGUGCUCUACUUAAGCAUCCACCUGUGACUGUGGGGCAGAACCCACUUCACCACACUGGGACCAACAGCCCUCACUCCUAAGUACAGGGGAGGGGGGAUCCUGAGGGUUGGAUGUGUCUCAGCAGUUAGAUUUCAAGCUUUUGCUUUCCCUUGGCCACGCACUCCCCAGUCUCCAGUGGUGAACUCUUUAUUGCUGUCUUACUCUAGUCCCAAUUCCUGCUUAUAACCCAGCAGUGGCCUUAUGCUUUAUAAGUAUGCUUGACGAGUUUUCAGAUGCCUUUGCAGUGAAAUAUGGCUGCUCCCCCCUUCUAAGGCAUAGCUGACCCCCACCCCACCCCACUCCUGAGUCACUAAAUGUUGCAGAGGAUGGCACAGGGAAGGGGUUGGGCUUUUUGCCAAAAUCUUGAUUUUGCAUUUAACAAAAGGUAGAGAGCAGCUGAGAGAGUAGGACAGAGAAGGGGAAUGCUCACCUUUCACAUCACUCUUGGGUCCUAGAAUUAAUGGACAAUGAGUUGAGAAGCAGAAGACUUGAGUUCUGGUCACAUUUUGGUCACUCAUUAGCUCUAGAACAAGUCCCUUAUCUUCUCUGACUCAACUUUCGCUAGGGAAAACAGGCUUGCCCAGGUGGACUCUAACGGUUUUUAGUCCUUCAGGAAGUGAGGAUCUCCUAAAAGGAUCUGCCAGCCAGGCCAUUCCCUUUCACCCUCAUCUUGGCAGGUGCUGGUACUCCCAGGUGUCUGAUCCUGUGUACGUGCAUGUUUGCUGAGGAAUGAAAGACUGCAAAAAAAAAAAAAAAAA